CCUCACCCCAUUGACGAUGACGAAGAAGAAAACAGGCAAAGGUACCCUGUCUGGAAUCACAGAACAGAGCGCUGACACAGUGGAGCUUUGUGUGUGCAUGCCUGUCUGUCCAGAACGCCUCGACAAAUGGUACUCCCUCGCCAAAGAUCAAGGUGCUUGUCGAGUGAAUCAAUGGAUGAAUGGCCACCUUUGCUCGUCUCUUGGCUCCAUGUCCUCUUCAUUCGUCAGGGUACCGUGCCAGAUCGGCGUUCAAGCUGAUCCAGUUGGCGAAGAAGCACGACUUUCUCUCAAGUGCAACCGUGUGUAUCGACCUCUGCGCGGCGCCAGGAGGAUGGAUGCAGGUGGGCAAGCAAGGGUGCCUGACGUAUGAGAGUCGUCCACACUGAUACAGCGAGUGUUUUCGUUCAGGUUGCCGAGAAGAACAUGCCCGUGGCGUCGACCAUUAUAGGCGUGGACUUGGUGCCUAUCAAGCCGAUCAAAGGAUGUGCAACCUUGCAGGCGGACAUCACCACGGCGAAGUGCCGUCAGAUGCUUAAGAAGGAACUAGGCCAGCAAAAGGUAAGGAAUCAUUCACACGGAGGACUCAUUCACACUCACAUCUAAGGGCAGCAAUCCCUUUGUACAGGCUGACGUUGUCCUCCACGAUGGUGCGCCGAAUGUGGGGACAUCUUGGGCACUGGACGCAUACGCCCAGAACGAGCUGGUUCUCCAGGCCUUCAAGUUGGCCUGCGAGUUCCUCAAGCCAAACGGGACCUUCAUCACCAAGGUGUUCAGGUGCGCACACGAGCAAAUGGCGAACGUCCUCCUGCGUUGUGGAUUCAUGAAUUCAUCCACACUCUCUUGGCGUCCCUUUUGCUGUGCUGUGUGCUGGCCGUGUGCUCAGGUCGUCUGACUACAACUCCCUCCUUUGGGUGUUUCAUCAGCUCUUUCGUCGCGUAGACGCCACGAAGCCACAGGCGAGCAGAGCCGUGAGCGCCGAGAUCUACGUCCUCUGCCUCGGCUUCAAGGCGCCUGCCAAGAUCGACCCCAAAUUCUUCGACGCUAGAUUCGUCUUCAUGGAUGUGGGAGACGCAGACAAGAACAAGGACGACGCCACUGCAUCCGAGGGCAAGGGCCGCGAGGGGGCGGGUAGGACAUCCCUGGCUGACCUGAUCAAACAAAAGGGCAAACGGAACAGAGCUGGCUACGAGGAGGGAGACGACUUUCGCACUGUGACUGUCAAGGUCGGUCAGAGAGAGCACUGCCUGCGCCUUUAGUACCUCCAGCCGACUGCAUAUGUGGGCAGGAGUUCAUUGACUCGUCGAGCCCCGCGUCCAUACUUGUGUCAUCUCACAAGCUGCUGUUCACGUCUCCAGAGUGCGACGACAUUCGUGACCAUGAGCUGACGACCGAUGAGAUUCGCGCCCUUUGUGACGACCUUAAGGUAGGGUGGGGGUAUACGUGCACGAAAAGUGUGCGCUCGAUGCGCUAUCCAGCGGGGCUGAGUCGGUUGUGCUGUGCUCUGGCUUCAGGUGCUGGGCAAACGAGACAUGACCCACCUGAUGAAGUGGCGCCUGAGGCUCGUCAGGGAGAAAGAGAAAGCCGAUCGAGAGAGGCGGAAAGCUGCAAAGCAAGCCCUCGUUGAGGCAGAAGCAGAACUGCAAGGUAGAUAGAUAGAUACACACUCACACACACCGAUGGACUACGGAAACCCAACACGUUGGUUGCUCUUCUGGCCUCGCAGAAGAGGGCGUGUGUCCAGAAGAGGAAGAGGUCGACCAGGAAGACGAAGAGAGUGCAGACAGGGUCGACAAGGUGGGUUCCACACUUCCAGCGACCAGAGCAGCCCAGCGAGUGCUGACGAACAACUCCGUGUUGGUGCAUUGAUGCAGGAGCUGGAAGCUCUCCUCGAGUCCCAGUACCGACACGAGCGAGCCGAGCGGCGCAAGCAGAAAGAGAAAGAGAAGAAGCUGGCCUGGCGCAAGAAGAUGUCCCUCAGUGCUGUUGACAAGGCCGGCGGGUCGAUCGACGACCAGGAGCUCUUCUCGCUCAGGCCCGAGACGCAGGAGGCACUGGAAGAAGCGCCGCCGGUUAGUAAGCAUCUCCCAGCCAAAUCGUUCCGGCCAAAGGACACAACGUGACCAUGGUUUUCUCGGGGCCGUUCGUUGCGCUUCGCAGGACGCACCGGAUGGUAUAUAUGAGGACGAGGCAGACGACGUCCAUCCCGAUGCAAAAGCGGAGGGUGAGGAGCAGGACGACAGCGACUAUGUCACCAGGUGCCGACUGUCCCAUCGCAUCUGCACCAAUCGGCCCACCACACUGUGCUGCUUGGUUGCAGAUUAGAGCAAGAGAUGGAGGAGUCUCAUGCAGCGCAGCGGGACGAGAAGAUCCUACGUGGAGCAAAGGACAGGAGCAAGGAGCGGGCAACUCGUCGACAGCGCGUUACCGCUCAAUGGGCCGAGUAGGUCGACUGGCUUAGUGUGACAUCCGCGCCGAUGGCCUUCUAUCUCCGUGUCUCUUGCGUCUGUGGACUUGUGUGUCAGUGAGAUGCGACAGUUCAGUUCCCAGCUCGACAUGGCGGCCGAGAGAGAGAGGGCGGACCAAGUCAUGCAAGAUGACAGUGACGAGGAUGAGUUGCGGCACGAUGGCAGUGGCGCUGGGGAUGAAGAUGCUGCAGCCGAGGCAGAUGUGUCACGAGAUAAGCAGCACAGGGAGGGCAUGGCGGCCGACCGCUGGUACUCCCAUGAUCUCUUCAAGAGGUCAGAGCGGGAAUCAAAAGGGAGAUAGCCCCAUCGAUGCUCACCGCGCUAAAUGUGCGUAUGUGCAUGCUUGGGCCUGCAGCAUUUCGACGGAGGAUGCUGGAGACGCCCGUGUUGCGAGGAAGAGGAAGCGGAGUGUUGACGAUGAGAUGGGCGUCACAGAUGAGGAUGGCAUUAGGGAGGUACCAGACGAGGACCUCCCAUACAUUCCCCUGCCCGAGAAGAAGAAAAGACAGGUCAGAUCGAUCACCCCACAUCCAUCCACCAUCUGCUGCCUGUCACACGCUGUUUGUUCAUUUGUUACCUUUCUGUGGCAGCUCAAGAAGAAGAGGGAGGCAGCCAAGAAGGCGGCACAGCAGGCAGCGAGGCGCUUGCGUGGCGAGGCGGAUGGUCCGAUCGACGACGACAAGGCUGACGAGUUCGAGGAGGUCCCUGCAGAGGAGGUUGUGGGGCCCAAGGACCAAGACGAGCUGGCAGAGAUCCAGGCACUCGGCUCACUCAUGGUGCACAAGAAGAGCAGAAUGGACCUUAUCGAUGGCGCCUACCAUCGAUAUGCAUUCGAUGACACAGCUCUGCCGACCUGGUACGCGUGCAUGUCUUCACUCAAUGCCGGCUCGGUCAACUUCGCUGUGUGUGUGUGUGUGUGUAGGUUCCACGAAGAUGAACAGAUGCACAACAAGCCUGAGCUGCCAGUGUCCAAGGAGUACAUGGCACAGUUCCGCCAGAAGCUCAAGGACAUCAACUCACGACCCAUCCGCAAGGUGAGUCGCGCCCUCAUCAAUCAUCGAUUGAUGAUAAAUGGUUGGAUUCCACGCAUUUCUUGCACGCAUCCUCUGCUCAGGUUGCUGAGGCGCAAGCGCGAAAGAGGGCUCGCGCCAAGAAACGAAUGGAGAAGGUCAAGAAACAGGCUCAGAGGUAAGGGAGGGACUGGCCGAGAACAUCUGCGACACUGUCUCUGGUGUCCUCUCUUGUUCAGCAUUGCGGAAUCGCAGGAGCUCACUGAGGGAUCAAAAGCUCGGUCGAUCGAGAAACUCAUGAAGAAGGCCAGAGGAGGUAAUGCAUGCACUAUAGUCUGAGACAGCAUCCAUGUCGAGCUACCUACGUAACUUGUGUGCGGCCCCGUCUGUCAGAGGAGAGACGGAAACCGAAGACCUACAUCGUAUCGCGGUAGGGGGCAGAAAGCUGGACAUUCUCCAAGCGUGCGUACAUGAUGACUGACUGGGUGCUGCCUGUCUGUCUGUCGGCUUUGUCUGUCUCCCCGUCGGUUGCGUUCUAUGACAUGCAGGAGGAGUGGCGGUGGCACAGUGGCACAGGGCAAGGGCGACGGGAGGAAGAGCAAGGCAGCCAAAGGAAACGUGACGGUGGUCGACCGGCGACUCAAGAGUGACAAGCGGGGCAGAGCCAGGAUCGACAUGAACAGGAAGAGCAAGGGCAAGAAGCGAUGAGUGAGUGCACUGCACUCAAUAGUGGGAGGGAGGGAUAUGAGUGAGUGACUCAGGCUUAUGUCCGCGCAUACCAUAUGCGUGCAGUGCAGUGCAUGCAUCAGCAUCAGUGGGAUGGAUGGAUGGAUGCUCAACUGACUCGUUGAAAGAAACGAAUGAG